ACGGCAUGGGCAACAGCCUGCCGUUGCCAUGCGUGUGCCACGAUGCCAGCGAGGCUGGCACCAUAGCCGGAGCCAAGAAAAGGAGGAGGAGGAGGAAGAAGCUCGCCUGCAGGGACGUGGUUCCGGUGGACACGUUGGAGGACGGCGACGGCGAGGUGGUGGCGGUGGAGGAGGACAGGGUCAAGGAAGCGCGGCCCGGGUGCCGCGUGGAGCCGGCCGGCUACGGCGAGGACGGCGGGGUGCGGGUGAAGAUCGUGAUGAAGAGGAAGGACGUGGCGGAGCUGGUGUUGAGGCUGGAGCGGCGCCGCACCGCGGAGAGGAAGGACAGGAUGGAGGAGCUCAACACGUACCUCGGCGGCGGUGGCAGCGUCGUCGUGAUGAGCCCGUGCCGGGAUGCGUGGCGGCCGCAGCUCGCGAGCAUACCGGAGAACUAGCGACUCCUGCUCUCUUGCCAUGCACCUCUGCAUAUAUGCACGGUCGGUCUUGCAAUAGUUCACCAUGUAGCUGUAGGAGUAGGGAAACCAGAUCCAUCACAAGAUCCAUAUGGUUUCGUCUUUCUCUUCCAUCGGAACCAUCACCAUUGCUGGCCAUUUCGACGCCGCAGGCUAUCGUGAACCAGCAAAAAUGUUCUCCAUCGGUGACAGGUUCAGACAUACUGUACAAGGUAGGAUGCAGGGAGUG